CCUUUGAUUUUCAGUCACCAGUCCACGGACCAUGCGCUCUAGCUUAAUUUGACCUGCAACUGUUUGAUGAUUUGCAUGACGGUGAUGAUGGUAUAUAAGGUCGUGGGAUCCCCCUGUUCUGGUCGUGAAAGGUAAUGGAUAUGGAUGGGAAGAUCGCGUACGCGAGGGUCGGCCGCCGGAGGUCGAGCUGGAGAGAGGGAGGCGUUCGCCUGCGCUCGCGCUGCCGCAGCAGCAGCUUCCUUAUGCCUCUGUUUCGGCGACUUCGAGUUAAGCUCUGCGCGCUGUGCCUCCGCCUCCGGAGGUGUCUCCGAGCGGCGAGGAGAGGCCUCCACUUCGCUGCCACUAGUUCAGGCCGGCGCACCGCCGGGGGUGCGGCCGUGUGCAGCAGGAGCGAACUGGUCGACGGCGGGUCCUGCCUCCGGUCCAACUCGUUCCAUGCCGAGGCGAUGAUCAAGGAGUGCUUGGAGUUCAUAAAGAGGUGUUCUUCCGCCGUCGCAGUGGAACAGACGGCGGCUGUGAUGGCUGUUUAAUCGAUCCCGGCCGUAACCAUCGAGCUAUAUCAUAUAUAUAUUCCUGCAUGUUCACUAAUUUUUUUUUGUUUUUUGUGCAUUUUCCUUGAUCGAUCGUAUCAAAGAAAGUGUUGUAUGUUGU